AUGGAGGAUAAUCCUCCUUCAAGUGUUUUAGAUGGGAAGGUUGUUGGGAUCAGAUUCAGUAUGGCUACACGCCAGGAAAUUUGUACAGCAUCCAUUAGUGACUCUCAAAUCAGUCAUGCUAGUCAGCUGUCAAAUCCAUUCCUUGGGCUGCCUCUUGAAUUUGGCCGAUGUGAAUCUUGUGGUACAUCUGAACCAGGAAAAUGUGAAGGUCACUUUGGAUAUAUUGAGUUACCAGUUCCAAUAUAUCAUCCUAGUCAUGUUAGUGAAUUGAAACGGAUGCUUAGCCUGGUCUGCUUAAACUGCUUAAAAAUGAAGAAAACCAAGUUUCCAGCUUCAGGCAUUGGUUUGGCACAGACAUUAUUAUCUUCCUGUUGUGAGGAUGUUAAUGCUGCACAAGUUUCUGUUUGUGAGGUCAAAACAACUGAUGGUGCUCAUUACCUGGCUCUGAAGGUAUCCAAGUCAAAGAAGAUGCCUAAUGAUUUUUGGAGCUUUUUAGAUAAAUAUGGAUAUCGCUACGAGGGUGAUCAUACCCGAGCUUUGCUUCCUUUUGAGGUGAUGGAAAUUAUCAAGAGAAUUCCUCUAGAGACCAAAAAAAAGCUUGCUGGAAAAGGAUAUUUUCCUCAAGAUGGAUAUGUUUUCAAAUUUCUUCCUGUACCACCGAAUUGCUUGUCUGUGCCAGUAGUUUCAGAUGGCGUCACUGUUAUGGCUUCGGAUCCUUCCAUGACAAUCCUCAGAAAAUUGCUCAGGAAGAUUGAAAUCAUCAGAAGUUCUAGAUCUGGUGAACCAAACUUUGAGUCUCAUCAAGUUGAAGCAAAUGACUUGCAGUUAGUGGUUGAUCAAUAUCUCCAAGUUAGGGGUACGUCUAAACCAGCACGUGACAUCGAAACACAUUUUGGGGUCAAUAAAGACCUCAGUACAUCGUCAACAAAAGCAUGGCUUGAGAAAAUGAGGACUUUAUUUAUAAGCAAGGGUUCAGGUUUUUCUUCCCGGAGUGUGAUAACUGGAGAUGGUUAUAAGAGGAUAAAUGAAGUAGGAAUUCCGGCUGAAGUUGCCCAAAAGAUUACAUUUGAGGAGAGAGUAAAUGUAAAUAACAUGAGUUAUUUACAGAAGUUGGUAGAUGAAAAUUUGUGCUUGACCUUCAAGGAAGGUGUUUCUACUUAUUCAUUGAGAGAGGGCUCAAAGGGGCACACAUUUUUAAAGUCUGGUCAGAUUGUGCAUCGGAGGAUUAUGGAUGGUGAUAUUGUUUUCAUAAACAGACCACCUACAACCCAUAAACACUCAUUGCAAGCACUUGUUGUGUACAUCCACGAUGACCACACAGUGAAAAUAAAUCCUUUAAUUUGUGGACCCCUUGGGGCUGAUUUUGACGGUGACUGUGUUCAUUUGUUUUACCCACAGUCCCCUGCUGCUAAAGCUGAGGUUUUGGAACUAUUCUCUGUUGAGAAACAGCUCCUUAGCUCUCACAGCGGUAAUCUGAACCUACAGUUAACCACAGAAUCGUUGUUGUCAUUGAAGAUGUUGUUUAAGAGAUGUUUUUUGGAUAGAGCAGCAGCUAAUCAAUUGGCCAUGUUUCUUUUGCUGCCUUUGCCACGACCUGCUUUGCUGAAGGCCAGUUCUGGUGAUUCUUAUUGGACUUCCAUGCAAAUGUUGCAGUGUGCUUUGCCUUCCUCUUUUGAUUGCGAUGGGGGGCGAUACUUAAUUAGUGAGAGUGAAAUCUUAGAAUUUGAUGUCAAAAAGGAUGUUUUGCCUGCAAUGAUAAAUGAAAUAGCAGCCUCAAUUUUCUUUGGGAAGGGUCCACAGGAGGCACUAAAUUUCCUUGAUGUAAUACAACCCUUUUUGAUGGAAAGCUUAUUUGCUGAUGGGUUUAGUGUUGGCCUACAAGAUUUUUCAAUAUCCAGGGCUGCCAAAAGUAUUUUAAAUAGAAGCAUUGGAAAAGUUUCUCCGUUGUUAUAUCAGUUGAGGUCCAUAUACAAUGAACAGGUGGCACAAGAACUAGAGAAGCACAUUCGAGAUUUUGAACUCCCUGUAAUAAAUUUUGCCCUAAAGUCAACAAAACUUGGAGAUUUAAUUGACUCAAAGAGUAGGUCGGCUGUUGACAAGGUGGUUCAACAGAUUGGGUUUUUAGGCCAGCAACUUUUUGAGAGGGGAAGAUUCUAUUCAAAGGGAUUGGUUGAAGAUGUAGCAACUCAUUUUCAUGUUAAGUGUUGUUAUGAUGGGGAUGGUUAUCCUUCUGCACAGUAUGGAUUACUCAAAGGGUGCUUUUUUCACGGUUUGGAUCCCUAUGAAGAGAUGGUGCAUUCAAUUCCAACCAGGGAAACAAUUGUACGUUCUUCAAAAGGAUUAUCUGAACCAGGAACGCUAUUUAAGAACUUGAUGGCCAUUCUUCGGGAUGUUGUGAUUUGCUAUGAUGGAACUGUUAGAAAUGUUUGUAGUAAUUCGAUUAUCCAAUUUGAGUAUGGGAUACAAGCUGGAGAGAAAAAAGCUCAGCACUUAUUCCCUGCUGGUGAGCCUGUAGGUGUCUUAGCUGCAACUGCUAUGUCAAAUCCUGCAUAUAAGGCAGUCCUUGAUGCUAGUCCUAACAGCAAUUCUUCAUGGGAGUUGAUGAAGGAAGUAUUACUUUGCAAGGUCAAUUUUAAGAAUGAACCCAUUGAUCGUCGUGUAAUUUUAUACUUGAAUGACUGUUCUUGUGGAAGGAGUCAUUGUCGAGAAAAUGCGGCAUAUUUAGUUAAAAAUCAAUUGAGAAAAGUCAGUCUGAAGGAUGCAGCAGUAGAGUUCAUUAUUGAAUACCAACAGCAGCGAACUCACAGGGAAAGUUCUGAAACUGAUGCAGGCCUUAUUGGUCAUAUUCAUCUGGACGAGAUGAUGUUAGCAGAGUUAAAGAUCAAUGCGACUGAAGUUUUCCAAAGAUGCCAAGAAAGACUUAAUUCCUUCAGUCGAAAAAAGAAAGUUUAUCAAGUUUUUAAGAGGACUGAAUUGUUUUUCAGUGAGUCUUGUUCUUCUCCACAUUCUUCUGCACCAUGUGUAACGUUCCUUUGGCGAGAUGAUGUUACUGAUUUAGACAAAACUGCCAACAUCCUGGCUGACUUAAUCUGCCCAGUUCUGUUAGAAACAAUAAUCAAAGGAGACCCCCGUAUUAGCUCUGCAAGUAUAAUCUGGGUUAAUUCAGACUCAAACAUGUGGGUUCGAAACCCUUGCAAAUCUUCUAAUGGUGAAUUGGCAUUAGACAUCAUUCUUGAGAAAGAAGCUGUUAAACAAAGUGGUGAUGCAUGGAGGAUUGUACUUGACUCCUGCCUUCCUGUUCUUCAUUUGAUUGAUACUUGUCGUUCCAUCCCAUAUGCUAUUAAGCAAAUUCAGGAAUUACUAGGGAUAUCAUGUACUUUUGAUCAAGCAAUUCAGCGUGUAGCAGCAUCUGUGAAAAUGGUGGCAAAAGGUGUUCUUAGAGAGCAUCUCAUUCUGUUAGCUAAUAGUAUGACUUGUGGUGGGAAUUUGGUUGGCUUUAAUAUGGGUGGAUAUAAAGCAAUGGCUCGACAGUUAAAUAUUCAAGUACCAUUCACUGAUGCAACACUCUUUACACCGAGAAAAUGUUUUGAGCGAGCUGCUGAGAAAUGCCAUACUGACUCUUUAUCAAGUAUAGUUGCCUCCUGUUCCUGGGGUAAACAUGUGGCAGUUGGUACAGGAUCAAGAUUUGACAUCAUAUGGAAUGCAAAAGAUAUAAAAGCAGAUGAGAUUGGAGGGGUGGAUGUUUACGACUUUCUUUACACGAUGAAAAGCCUUGCCAAUGGGGAAGAAGAAUACAAUGCUUGUUUGGGUGGAGAUAUUGAUGAUUUGCUAGAAGAUGAGGAAAAUGUGGGCCAGGCCGUGUCUCCACAGCAUGAUGCUGUCUUUGAAGAGAACUUUGAUUGGAAAGCGGAUGCUAUCGAAGAAGACUCUUCCAAGUCAAGUGAUUGGCAUGUAAACACUGAUCAAACAAAAGUAAAAUCUAAUGAUUGGUCUGCUUGGGGAAGAAAUAAAUCUGCAAUACAAGAUGGUGGGUCUGAAAGAGCCCAAGAUGACUCUUCUAAGUCCACUGCUUGGGAUGUAAACACUGAUCAAACAAAAGUAAAAUCUAAUGAUUGGUCUUCCUGGGGAAGAAAUAAAUCUGCAAUACAAGUUGGUGGGUCUGAAAGAGCCCAAGAGGACUCUUCUAAGUCCACUGCUUGGGAUGCUAGCACUGAUCAAACAAAAGUAAACUCUAAAGAUUGGUCUUCUUGGGGAAGAAAUGAAUCUGCAAUACAAGAUGGUGUGUCUGAAAGAGCCCAAGAGGACUCUUCUAAGUCCACUGCUUGGGAUGCUAACACUGAUCAAACAAAAGGAAAAUCUAAAGAUUGGUCGUUUUGGGGAAGAAAUGAAUCUGCAAUACAAGAUGGUGGGUCUGAAAGAGCCCAAGAGGACUCUUCUAAGUCCACUGCUUGGGAUGCUAACACUGAUCAAACAAAAGGAAAAUCUAAAGAUUGGUCUUCUUGGGGAAGAAAUAAAUCUCCAAUACAAGAUGGUGGGUCUGAAAGAGCCCAAGAGGACUCUUCUAAGUCCACUGCUUGGGAUGCUAACACCAAUCAAACUGAAGCAAAAUCUAAUGAUUGGUCUUCUUGGGGAAGAAAUAAAUCUGAAAUACAUGAUGGUGGGUCUGAAAUAGACCAAGAAGAUUCUCCGAGCUUUGGAAAGUGGCAAGGUGAAUAUAAUAAGGUUGGAUCUGGUGUUACCCAGGAUGACUCUUCUAGGUCCAGUGCUUGGGGUGCAAACAAAGAUAAGACUAAACCAAAUUCCAAUGAUUGGUCCUUUCGGGGAAGAAAUAAAGAUGAAAUACAAGAUACUGGGUCAGAAAGAGCCCAAAAGGAUUCUUGGAGCUCUGGUAAGUGGAAAGCUGAAUCUAAGGUUGGAGCUGAUAUGCGAGAGAACUCUUCUAGAUCCAAUGCCUGGGAGCAUAAUUCUGACAAUGUGAAUGAGAUUCAGAGUAAGGAAAUUGAUUUAAAUUGGGAUGCCAAGUUGCCGGCUGACAAUUGCUCUUGGGGGAAAUCCAAAUCCCCAGAAAAUAAAGCUUGGGGUUCCCAGAAUGAGUCAAACCAGGCUGCAAGUUCACGUGGAUGGGACUCACAAGUUGCUUCUGCUAAUUCUGAUAGUGAUAGAAAUUUUCAGUGGGGAAAACAGGGUAGAGAAUCAUUUAAGAAAAACCGCUUUGAAGGUUCGCAAGGUUGGGGUUCUAAUGCUGGAGACAGGAAAAAUAAUAAUCGCCCCCCUAGAGCACCUGGGCAGAGAUUGGAUAUAUACUCUUCUGAGGAACAGGAUGUUCUCAAGGACAUUGAACCUGUUAUGCAGUCAAUCAGACGAAUUAUGCAACAACAAGGGUACAAUGAUGGGGAUCCUCUUGCUGCUGAAGAUCAACAAUUUGUACUUGAAAAUGUCUUUGAACACCAUCCGGAUAAAGAAACCAAAAUGGGUGUUGGAAUUGAUCAUGUCAUGGUCAGUAGACACAGCAGUUUUCAAGACAGCAGAUGCUUUUACGUGGUUUUGAAGGAUGGACGAAGAGAAGACUUUUCGUACCGGAAGUGCUUGGAUAACUUUAUAAAAAAGAAGUAUCCAGCAGACCUUGCUGAAUCGUUCAUCGGUAAAUAUUUCUGGAAACCCCGUGGUAGGGGGGACAGGACCACAACUCCAAUGGGGGAACAGACCCCAACUCCAAUGGGGGAACAGACCCCAACUAAUGUGCCUGCGGAAACAAAUGAGUAGAAGUUUAGAGUUGUGUCCAUAAUACUGUACAGAAACGGCUCUGUUGAUGCCACUGAAUAGUUUGUCACAACUGACCAAUUUUCCGGUAGGAAACACUGUUUGAUUGUCUCAACGCUUCCGAUGUUAAUUGUUUUAGCUUGUAAAGGAUGAUAACUCACUUAUGUUAGAUGUUUGAAUGAUGACAGCACGUGAUGUGCCUGGCACCUCUAUCUCUACCCUGCCCUGCCCUGCCCAUAAUUGAAUAGGUUU